CGGCGUGCACCGCGCCGCCUACGCUCCAGGCUUCCCUCCGUUCUCCAGCUCGCUGUGGAAGUCUGGCGGUGGAGUGUCUGGGUGCUGGCCGAUCGGGGUGCGACGGAUCUUCCAGAACCAUGCCCGAGGUCGCCGACACUUGCUCCUUGGCCUCUCCAGCCUCGGUCUGCCGAACCCAGCACCUCCAUCUGCGCUGCAGCGUGGAUUUCGCUCGCCGGGCGCUGACCGGGACCGCCGCGCUCACCGUCCAGUCUCAGGAGGAUAAUCUGCGCAGCCUGACUUUGGAUACGAAGGACCUGACGAUAGAGAAAGUGGUCAUCAAUGGACAAGAAGUCAAAUACACUCUCGGAGAAAGACAAGGGUACAAAGGGUCACCGAUGGAAAUCUCUCUGCCCAUCGCCCUGAGCAAAAAUCAAGAGGUUGUUAUAGAAAUUUCCUACGAGACUUCUCCCCAAUCCUCUGCUCUUCAGUGGCUCACUCCUGAACAGACUUCUGGGAAGCAGCACCCGUACCUCUUCAGUCAGUGCCAGGCCAUCCACUGCAGAGCCGUCCUCCCGUGCCAAGAUACUCCUUCUGUGAAAUUAACCUACACUGCAGAGGUAUCGGUCCCCAAAGAGCUGGUGGCUCUCAUGAGCGCAAUCCGCGAUGGAGAAGAACCUGACCCCGACGACCCCAGCAGGAAGAUAUACAGAUUCAACCAGAGGGUUCCCAUACCGUGCUACCUGAUCGCGUUAGUUGUUGGAGCUUUGGAAAGCAGGCAAAUUGGUCCAAGAACUCUGGUGUGGUCCGAGAAGGAACAGGUGGAAAAAUCUGCUUAUGAAUUUUCUGAGACCGAGUCUAUGCUUAAAAUUGCGGAAGAUCUGGGAGGGCCCUACGUGUGGGGGCAGUAUGAUCUCUUGGUUCUGCCCCCGUCCUUCCCUUACGGCGGCAUGGAGAACCCAUGUCUGACGUUCGUCACUCCGACUCUUCUGGCAGGUGACAAGUCACUCUCCAACGUUAUUGCGCACGAAAUAUCUCAUAGCUGGACCGGAAACCUCGUGACUAACAAAACUUGGGAUCACUUUUGGUUAAACGAAGGACAUACUGUCUAUUUAGAGCGCCACAUUUGUGGGCGAUUGUUUGGGGAGAAGUUCAGACAUUUCCAUGCUUUUGGAGGCUGGGGAGAGCUGCAGAACACGAUAAAAACUUUUGGGGAGUCCCAUCCCUUCACCAAGCUCGUGGUUGAUCUGAAGGAUGUCGACCCCGAUGUAGCCUAUUCCUCCAUUCCCUAUGAGAAGGGCUUCGCCUUACUCUUCUACCUGGAGCAGCUUCUUGGUGGACCAGAGGUGUUUCUAGGAUUCUUAAAGGCUUAUGUUGAGAAAUUUUCCUACAAGAGUGUAACCACUGACGACUGGAAGGACUUCCUGUAUUCCCACUUUAAAGAUAAGGUGGAUCUUCUCAAUCAAGUGGAUUGGAAUGCCUGGCUCUAUUCUCCUGGCCUGCCUCCUGUCAAACCGAAUUAUGAUAUGACUCUGACAAAUGCUUGCAUUGCCUUAAGUCAAAGAUGGGUCACUGCCAAAGAGGAGGAUUUGAACUUGUUCAGCAUCGCAGACCUGAAGGAUCUCUCAUCCCAUCAGCUGAAUGAGUUCCUGGCGCAAGUGCUUCAGAAGGCACCUCUUCCAUUGGGGCACAUAAAGCGAAUGCAAGAGGUGUACAACUUCAAUGCCAUUAACAAUUCUGAAAUACGAUUCAGAUGGUUACGGCUCUGCAUUCAAUCGAAAUGGGAGGAGGCCAUUCCUUUGGCUCUAAAAAUGGCAACUGAACAAGGAAGGAUGAAGUUUACACGACCUUUAUUCAAGGAUCUUGCUGCCUUUGACAAAUCUCACGAUCAAGCUGUCCGCGCCUACCAAGAGCAUAAAGCCAGUAUGCACCCCGUGACUGCCAUGCUGGUGGGGAAAGAUCUGAAAGUGGAUUAAGGGCCUGAUUGUUGCUGAUUUAAGAAAUUUCCUUUCUUUUUUUUUUUUUAAAUUGAACCUGUGAAGAAAUAAAAAUUUUAACUCUCA